CCGUGAAACAAAGGUUAAAAAUCAAGACUAAGAGGGAGAGAGCAAGAAGAUCAGAGAGAGAGAUGGAAGAAAAAUCUACAAUCUAUUGAGUUGCCUUAUCGCUAGGUCUCCUAGAGAGUCAUAGCUUUUAAGCAUUUUCAAAUAUUUCUCUUUUCUUUCAACAAAGCAAAGCCAGUCUCUUUCAACCUCACCCUCACAACGGGGAGCCCCUAGUUGCCGGUUCCGGCCACGCUAUCUCCUCCACUUCCCUCCUCUCUCUGAUAUUCCCAAACCAUCACUCAUGAUUCAAACGCAAGCACAAUUGAUACAUAUUCUGUAACGCAAUUAUAACAUGCUUAGUUCCCCGUUUAGCUUCACUUCCUGGCCUCCAUAAUUUCAUGGCUUGCCAGUAAUAUUACUUCCCAUUUCUCCCACUUAACUCCUUGACCUUUUUUGCGUAUAAAAACUCCGGCCAUGCUUUGUUUGUCCACUAGGGUUUUGGUCUCUUCCUCUCUUGCUCUAUUUCUUCUUCUUGCUUUAGGGUUUUAGUUUGCUCUUGUUGAUUGGAAAUCAUCUGGGUUUAUUGAGAGGAAAUGGAAGAGUACAACCAAAUGGAUCAUGAGAGCUCAGGUGGUAGAGGAAAUUUCCUGUACGCCUCACCAAAUCUUGGAGGCAACUAUGGGAGGGCAAGCCAUGAUCAUCAGAUGGGCAUCAACGCCUUUCAUCUUCAAUCGAGCGGUGGUGGUGAUUUCCACUCUCCAGGAGGAGCACACCCAAUUAAUGUCAAAACUGAAGCCAGCACAUCCCAUCAUGGCCAUCACAAAUUUCAGUACAACAACAACAACAACAACAACAAUAAUAAUCCUCUUCUGUCAUCAAGAGGACACCAACCAGUAGUUCAACAACAGCAUAAUCUGGACCGUCAAAACGAUGAUCACACCCUGAGCUCCAACGAAGUGGAAGCCAUCAAAGCCAAGAUCGUCGCCCACCCUCAGUACUCUAACCUCCUGGAAGCUUACAUGGAUUGCCAAAGGGUGGGAGCUCCGUCUGAAGUGGUGGCGCGGCUAACAGCUGCUAGGCAGGAGUUUGAGGCAAGGCAGCGGUCUUCUGUGGCUUCAAGAGAGGCUUCAAAAGAUCCAGAACUCGAUCAGUUCAUGGAAGCUUACUAUGAUAUGUUGGUGAAAUAUCGAGAGGAGCUAACAAGGCCCAUACAAGAAGCCAUGGAUUUCAUGCGGAGGAUUGAAACUCAGCUCAACAUGCUUGGCAACAAUAAUGCUCCUCCACUUCGCAUCUUCUCACCCUCUGAGGACAAAUGCGAAGGACUUGGUUCAUCUGAAGAGGAGCAGGAGAAUAGUGGUGGAGAAACAGAAGUGCCUGAGAUUGAUCCAAGAGCUGAAGACAGAGAGCUCAAGAACCACCUGUUGAAAAAGUAUAGUGGUUACUUAAGUAGCCUGAAGCAAGAGCUUUCCAAGAAAAAGAAGAAAGGGAAAUUGCCCAAAGAUGCCAGGCAGAAGCUUCUCAGUUGGUGGGAGUUGCAUUACAAGUGGCCAUAUCCUUCAGAAUCGGAGAAGGUGGCAUUGGCGGAGUCGACAGGCUUGGAUCAGAAGCAAAUAAACAAUUGGUUCAUAAAUCAGAGGAAGAGGCACUGGAAACCCUCAGAGGACAUGCAGUUCAUGGUGAUGGAUGGCCUACACCCUCAGAAUGCGGCCCUGUAUAUGGAUGGACACUACAUAGGUGAUGGCCACUACCGUCUGGGGCCGUGACCGAAACAAGUCAUCAAAAGAGGUUGUGGCCUCUUCUGCUCGUGCAGGGCUCUCACAUGGAAAGUUUGGUUAAAUUAAUUCCAUAUAUAUCCAAAAGACAAAGCAAACUGCUUAAAUCAUAGUUUGUGAUUUGUAUUGCUAGAAACUUGGGAAAUGAAUGUUCUACAUUCCAAUCUGAUAAUUUAUAUAUAUUUCUUUUCUGUUAUUACAAAUGUUGUACUUUGUUCUCAAAUUUUAUCCAGUGUGGUCUACAUCUUUCAGUUUCUAUA